AACCUCAGAAUUUUUUGGGGGUGUCUCUCAGUAUUUUGGGGGCUCUCAGCCCAGUGGGGGGGGGUCUCUCAAUGCCCCCCCCGUACCCCCCCAGAGCGGCCAGGGCACCCCGGAGCGCACGGGAUGGUUCGAGGUGACCGUGGGGGGACACCUGGUCCACUCCAAAAAGAACGGCGACGGCUUCGUGGAUAACGACUCCAAGCUGCGCAGAAUCGUGGCCGCCAUCGAGUCCCACCUGGCUUAGACCCCCCUAAAGGGGGGGAGAGGGGCCCUGUCGCGACAUGUCACGACAUGUCCCGCCCC